AGUGAAAGAGCGAAAACCACCAAACGGCUAUAAUUGACGUUGCAGGGGGAACGAACCCAUUUUAGGGUCACUGGAGGAGGAGUUGUGGGGUUCUCUUCCCUUCGGCUAUUUCUUUUCUGGAAAAUUUGGUGUCUGGGUUUUUAUUGAUCUGGGUGCCAAAGAUCUCUGGAAUAUUCUCAGAAACCAGGAAGAAACAAUCCCACUUCCUCGGCAUUUUUCUAAUCUAGUAUAUUUUUAGCGCUUUUUUUUUCCUUUCAGUGUUUUUAGAUUAGGUUUUGGGGAAAAUCUCUGUUGGGUGUUAAUCAUGUCUGAUGGGUAUUGCAAUUCGAAGAAGACUGAUGCUAUAUGUGAAGAUGUUUGCGGCCAGCAGGCAACACGUGCAGCAUUGACCAUGUCUAGAUUGCGGUGCAUUUUGCGGGGGUUUGAUCUGAAGACUUAUAUUGUUAUGCUCGUGGUUUUACCAUUAGGCAUCUUUGGGCUGUAUUUGCAUGGACAGAAAAUCACUUAUUUCCUAAGACCACUGUGGGAAUCUCCUCCAAAGUCUUUUCAUGAAAUCCCCCACUAUUAUCAUGAAAAUGUGUCAAUGGAGACUCUUUGCAGCCUUCAUGGGUGGAAAAUUCGGGAAUUCCCGAGACGAGUCUUUGAUGCAGUGUUGUUCAGCAACGAGGUUGAUAUCCUCACAAUUCGAUGGAAUGAAUUGUACCCCUAUGUAACACAGUUUGUGCUCCUCGAGUCAAACUCAACAUUUACUGGCCUACGGAAAUCUUUGAAUUUUGCUAGCAAUCGGCACCAAUUUAAAUUUGUUGAGCCUCGUUUGACCUAUGGGAUGAUUGGUGGGAGAUUCAAGAAAGGUGAAAACCCAUUUGUAGAAGAGGCAUAUCAGAGGAUUGCUCUAGACCAACUUCUCAGGAUAGCUGGCAUAGAAGAUGAUGAUUUGUUGAUAAUGUCUGACGUUGAUGAGAUCCCUAGUGCCCACACAAUUAAUCUCUUGAGGUGGUGUGAUGAAAUCCCUCCUGUCCUUCAUCUUCAGCUGAGGAAUUUCUUGUACUCUUUUGAGUAUCAUAGAGAUAACAAGAGCUGGAGAGCCUCUGUCCACAGAUACAAGUCAGGCAAGACUAGAUAUGCUCAUUAUCGCCAAGGUGAUGUUCUAUUGUCAGAUGCAGGGUGGCAUUGUAGCUUUUGUUUUCGCCAUAUUAGUGACUUCAUAUUCAAGAUGAAAGCUUACAGCCAUACUGAUCGGGUGAGGUUCCCUCACUACCUCAACCGUCAAAGGAUUCAAGAUGUGAUCUGCAGAGGGGCUAACCUUUUUGACAUGCUUCCUGAGGAAUACACCUUCAAGGAGAUCAUUGGGAAGUUGGGGCCAAUCCCUCGUUCUUACUCAGCAGUUCAUCUCCCUGCAUAUUUGUUGAAUAAUGCUGAGAAAUACAAAUAUCUCUUGCCUGGUAACUGCAAAAGAGAGAGUGGCUGAGUUCAUACUCACUUGCAAAGGUCAUAAUUGCAGAUGGAGCUUUCACUAACAGGACUGCUGUUGGAUAUUUAACGGAUGUAGUGUGCUGUGGUAUUGGUGGAGCUAUACCUUUAUCCAACAAAAUCUAACGCACGACGGAGGUGUGGAGAAGAAACAUUGUAGGAUCUUCAAUUGUGAGUGGGAAACAUUGUAGGAUCUUUGAUUGUGGGUGGGAAAACAUUGUAUUUUCCCAGUGGAGAGCAUGUAUUGAAGUGAUAUUUUUACAGGUCUGGCAAGCUUACAAGCCAUCUCUUGUCAAGAUAGAUAAGUCUUCUGAUCUCACAGGAGUAGAUUGACAUUUCCCGAGUAUUUCUUUGGUGGGAAUUUUGAUUUGUUAGAGUAAUUUAUUGAUAUAUCUCUCGUAAAGGCUAUGCUGUCGGCAACCCCUGAUUUGUAUCAUCGUACUUUUGAUGUUUCCUCUAUUGACCAUAAUGCUGAUUUAUUCUUGGGACACAUCGCUGCAGAUAAUUAAAACUACUUAUAGUUU